UGGCGUAGCUUGCCUGUGCGACACGUGCUGGGAAUAUGACGAUUUAUUUACCAAUCAGGCCUCUAAUAAACGCAGUAUUAUCCACAGAACAAAGUAAAGCCUUCAAGACUGUUUUGGUGUUAGGGUGUACAUCAUUACACACAUCAUGUGUUCAAAAUCGGAAGAAUUCCAGCUCAUCCAAGAGAUGGAUUGCCAGGCACAUGAAAGACCCUUUUGUGAAGGAAGCACAGGUUCAGCAUUACAGAGCAAGAAGUGCCUUCAAGUUGCUGGAAAUUAACGACAGAUUUCAACUAUUCAAACCGGGAGACGUCGUCAUAGAUUGUGGGGCAGCACCUGGAUCAUGGAGCCAAGUGGCAGCUGAUAAGGUCAACGCACUCUCAAAUGACAAGACUAGACCACAAGGUAAAGUUGUAGCUAUUGACAUCCUGGAAUUCGAUCCCAUCCCGGGCGUAACAACACUAAGUAACUGUGACUUCAUGGACGAGAAAAACCAGUCUCGCAUCGUAGCAUGUCUACAAGGCAAGAUGGCCAACAGCGUCAUUAGCGACAUGGCGCCCAACGCAACAGGUAUGAAAGACUUGGAUCACGAGAACAUUAUCAGAUUAGCCAGUGCAGUUGCAUCAUUUACAACAAGGGUACUGAAGAAUAACGGUAUAUUCCUCUGCAAAGUCUGGGAUGGAUAUGAGUGUGAAGCUCUGAAAAAAGAACUCAGUAAAUCAUUUACUAAUUGUCGUAGUGUUCGUCCAGAAGCUAGCAGAAAGGAAUCAGCUGAACUUUUCAUAUUUGCUAGAGGAUACAGGAGGCCUUCCAGUGUUAAAAAAGGCGCAACAUUGUGAUACAAAUCUGUAAAUCAUUGGACCCUUUUUUAAAUCUGUGACUGUACUAAUAAGUAAUGUGUAAUGUACUAGUUGAAAUUAGCGCUGUAUACCGAAGUCUCAAAGAGCUUGAGAUGUGAACAAGCUUGUACGAUAAACUUUUUGCUAACCCAAUGUUCUCUUUGUAUCAAUGCUUCCCAGUAAACCGGUACCAGCUAUCUCUUACCUGUACAGAACAGUGCACUGGAGUAACUCCCCCACUCGUCUUGAAAGAUGUACUGGGUUUUUGCGUUGCAUAGUUGGUGGAGUGACUACCAGCCAUGUUUGUUAAGCUCCUAUUUUUAGCUAAAGUAGUAAUACACGAAAAUACAUGAGUUGCAAUGAGUACAAAAUUGUGUACACUUGUUUAUAGUCCGUAUCAAAAAAGACUUGUUUCACGACCAGAACCAUUUGCCGUUCGAACCAGCUCCAAUAUUAUAAUAUGGUUGUAGGUUGCGGAGUUCAUAACUCAUUUGGUGCUUGUAAACAAGCAAUUUAAAUUAUUUCAUUUUUUAUUUCUUGACUUGGGUUGGCAGCAUACAGUAGGAGGGUGGUGCAAUGGUCGUUGCUCGAACUCUCAAAAUUUAAGGCCGUUUUCCACAAGACGAAUUUAUUUCACAAACAGUUCCUGAUGGAAAUGCGUAUACGUGUGAACUGACGCUUUCAAAUUGCGUGAAUAAUAAUAAUAAGGAUGUGUUCGGGGGUGGGGGGUAAUAAUGUAAAGCGUAUAGAGGCAGUUUAUUACAAUAUACACGCUAUAAAUGUCGCAUUAUUAUUAUUAUUAUUGUAACUUUAUUUUUAUCUACUUAUUGUCUAUUAAUUGAGAGGAAAAGGAAAUCUUUUUGUUAUACUCUGAAAGAUAAGUAUUACUAAAUAUAAAAAAUUUGGCAAUUUGCAUAUUUGUAUUGUUCAGGGUUAUUAAGCAAACACAAAUAGUGAUAGAUUAAACUACAAAAACAUUUAGUCACAAGAAUGAUUAUUUAAUUAUCAACAUUAUUGCGAUACCAUAAUACAAUUUUAAAAUAAUGCCAAUGAUUUCGUCAAACGACAGUGCAAAUUAUUAUAUAUUGUAGUUAUUUUCUGAUAUUUUUUAUAUUUCAAAUAAAAGCAUAAGCAGUUAUUCAAACUUAGCACUGACCACAUAGCACUGCCGUCUUAGCAAUGACGGCCAAUUAGACUUGCCGGCUUAGUGCUACCCAAUCAAACUUCCAUACUUAACACUGACCAAUAAAACUUGCUGAUUGCUAAAUUAUAAUGAAAGCAUAUCAGGCAUCAAAGUAAAAUACUUAGGAAGAAUAAUAAAAUAAAAAUAAUAAAAACUGAAUAAUAUGGCUGAAAGUAAUAAUAAAUAUUGUGCUUAACAUUGGUAUCCAUGGCAACAUGAGUAAUGCAUCAUUCAAUAUAAUAAUCGUUUUGUUUAUAAAAUUCUAAUCACAACACUUCUUAAAAUACUGUAAAACUGAACCUUACGGAACAUAUCUAUAAAAACAGCUGCUCCAACUCCAAAUGCAUGGUAUUUUAUUGAAAAACAAUUUCGAUUUUAAAUUAAUUAUUUUUGUAUUUAGCUUGAGUUGCAAAAAAAAAAAAAAUAACAAGUU